ACCUUUGUCAUGGAGACACUGAACACCACACAUAGCCCAGGCGAGGAAGACAGUGAUUCUAGUCUGAUCUUCGUUCUUCAAGGCCUCGUCAUCUUUGUCUUCGCCACCCUGAUCAUUGCUACCAACAUCAUGAACCUGAUCGUUAUCCCUCGUCUCCCCGACAUCAACGAAGCCAGCAAAGUCUUCUACAACUGCCUGUCCGUCGCCGACCUCAUCCUCGGCGUCGUUCUCCUACCCGCCUUGCCAUCUGCCAUUCUGGAUGGCUGGCCAUUUGGAGAUGUCCUCUGCAAGAUCUUCGGGUUCGGUAUGACCUUUGUUGCCGGUCUAUCCUCCGCCAGUUUGCUGCUCCUCAAUCUGGAUCGCUUCUUUAGCAUAGCCACCCCACUCCGCUACAUGGCGAUCAUGGACCGGAAAAAAGCAGCCAUCAUCGCAGCAAGUCUUUGCCUCGCCGAGUUCUUGUUCCUUCUCAUUAUAAUGUUCGUCAACCCAUUCGGCGUGGGGAUCGUGGAGUAUUCGCGACUCGGGGCGUGCAUCAUGUCCUUCAACGAGCCAAAUUUCGUUGUGUAUUCCCUGCUAAUCUUCACUGUGUGCAUCUGGUCGUUUGGCCCGAUCCUGGCCAUCAUGUACGCCAGGAUAAUCUGCAUCAGUAGGAGACAUGUGAGGCGCAUUCAGGUCCAGGAACUCACCAAUCAAAGACCAAUCUCUAAGUUUGACGGGAGCGACGAAACGGGCUUACAGGACUGCAGAACGGCCCAGGCGCCAAACAAGAAGACGGCGGUCAGCCACCGAGCGAUACGUAUGACCCUCAUGGUCACAGGAACCUAUGUCGUGGCUUGGGCACCCUUUACAAUUUGCCAAAUAUACAUUGCCAUGGUGACCGAUGUUUCGAUUAUCAUCCGAGCGUUAGUGUGUUGGCCCCUCCUCCUGAAUCCACUGUGCAAUGUGAUCAUCUACUCGGUGACGAAACGUUCUUACAGAACUUUGGCGCGGAAUCUACUGAAAGGAUGUCUGAGGUGUUCACUCGCAGACCUUCGGAAGGCAACAUCCCACGAGAUACUCGUGUAGAUCACAACGAUCUUACGAGUUUGUUGCAAAAAGGAAGUGACGUUUCACGGCUUUGGACAUCAGUAUGCCACAUUAUUUUGUGAAUGGAAGGUUAGAAUAAAAUCGAAAUGGACGUUACUAAGUUAAACUUUACUCCAGGAACAUAUUAUACCCGCCAGUCAUGCGAGAGAACUAUAACGAAAUAUUAUAUUUUUAUUGUCAUGAUAUGGCAUACUGCGCCAGAGACUCAUGAGACAUUUUAAUCACAUUUGCCGACUCGGAAUCCGUGUAAAGUCCUUUAAACACGUUGCCAUGAUAACUGGAAUAGCAUAGACCUCAUAAUUUCAUAGCAUGACUAAUCGAAUGAUGUAAUUUGUUAUUUUUAUAGCAUCAGACAAUCAUGUCGCCGAAAUAAAAGGCAUUUACCUUUUCGUUCGAUGUUACGCACGGAGGUGGUUUUUCAGAGCACUUGUCUUCUAUGAAGUCGAAUAAGAAACAUGGAAAUAUAAACUAAUACCUUAU